AUGUAUGAAUUAUAUUCAUAUUUUAUGUUAUUCGUUAUUUUUUUCGCAAUCAUUUAUCAUGGUUUUAAUAAUUUCCGUCGCCCUGUUUUAAAAGUCACUGUUAUUAAAGAAGACUCUGAAGGUUACACUAUUGAAAAGCAUUUUAAAUUAUUACUCAAUGAAAAACUUACGCUGGUUCGAGCCAAGCUUAAAGGAAAUAAACCUAGUGAUCUUCACAUGGGAUCAAAUUGUUACUUUCUGUCAAAAUAUCGAAGAUUGCUAUCACGAAGUGAAGAAGAUAACACAUGUUUAUUGCAAAUAGCUGAAAUAAAAAACGAAGAAUAUUUGAUAUAUGUUAAACAAACGGAAGGUUUAGACAAUACUUUGUCUAAUCAAAUUGUCAAGGUCAAUAUUCAUCAAAUUAAGAUUUUCGAGUAUUUUAAUGGUGAUAAUUCAAAAUUUAACAACACACAAGGAGUUCACUUCGUGGAUUCUUUAGCAUGCAAGAUUUCAAAAAUCACUAUCUCUAAUAACUUGCCCAAAAAGUUUCAAGCGAAAUUAGUGAAUUCGACAAAAAGAGAAGACUCCUUUUUAUUAGAAAAUCAUAUUUGUACAUCUGCUAAUAAUUUAAAAUGGGUACUCGACGAUUAUAUUGUGAAGAAUCCUUUGGAUUCCACAAACGAUAUUUAUCUAGAAAUACAAUGUUCACGUGUCGAAAUAAUUGUUGAUAAAGAAUCAAUUAUGCCAUCUGAAAUAUUGAUAACCAAUAUAACCAAGGCUCUGGAACAUACUGACCCUUAUCACGAACUACUACGAGUAUUCAGAAUUUUCGGGCAUUUUUUACCUAGUAAGAUUAUCCUGGGACAUAAAGUAUACAAAAUGAUUUCAGUGAGUAGGAAUAAACCGGCCGAAUGUAUAAAUUGUGAAGAUUUUGCGGCAAACAAGAACGAUAUUUUGGACAGAUGGAAGGAGUUCAUUAGACCAUACUACUUUGACUCUCCUUAUUUAGUAUCAAUUAACGGUGAUAUAAUUAUGGAAGAUAAACUUGAAGAAUGGAUGAACUCUUGUUUAGCAAGCGAUACAAGCUCAUUAGAGAUCAUUAAUUGGAAUGACUUAUACCCAUUAUACGAAAUACUCGAAAACCCCCUUCGUCAAGUAGUCAAAUCCGUUCUUGAAAUAGAUGAUCAAGUGGGGAACUCGGAAGCUAAGGAGAAGGUUCUCAUGGUAGGAAUAAUCUCAAUAGAAGAUCAAAAAUAUGAUCACGUAAAUUUUCCCGAACAGCUUAAAUCCGACAAAAUAAAGGAACAUGGAUAUUACUAUCGUGUAAAUUUUCCCAAGCAACUCAAAUCCAAUAAGUAUAAAAUAUUUGGAAAACUCAUGACACAAAAUGGAGAGUCAGUUGAUAAUGUGGUGGUUAAGUUCAGAUCAAUGGACACGCGUGGAUUCUCAGCAAGAAUUGAAAAAUUUGAAGAGAAAGAAUUAAAUAAUCUUCAAAUAACUUGGUUGUUAAUUGGAAGCCCUGCUCAAAUAGGUUUUUAUAGUCGAGAAACGCGAGAAAUCUCUGUAUUACGCUCGAAUAACUCUUCUUUUAUGCGAAAUCCUGACGUGGGUAAUUGGGAUAUUCAAUUAGAAGACAUUCCGGAUAUUUUACCAAGCGACUCGAUUCUUAUUACUUCAUUUGCAUAUCCCCUGUCAAACAUCGAUCCAAAUUUCAUACCCAACAUUAGUAAUUAUGCUGAUAACAAAAUUACGGUUAAUGUUCAUGACCCCGAUUAUUACGAAAGAAAAGAAAAUAUUAAAGGCUAUUAUGAUGUGGAGGAAAAUAAAAACAAGGGGGAUGAAGAAGAAGAAAAAAAAAGUGAUAAUGAAUCCUAUAGCGAAAAAUGCGAGUUCAAGUGGUGCAUUAUUCAUGUCCCAGAAUAUCUCCAAUUUGAUGUUGACUUUAAUGUUACUAUAAAAUCAAUCCAUUUGAAGAAAAUAGGUCAGAACAUAAAAGAAACUCAAUUGAAAAAAACAGUUCCUAUCGAGCCUAUUCCUACAACAGCAACAAGUUCAAAGGAAGAGUUUUCACCAUACAGUGUUGAAUCACAACUCGUGAAAAAUAAGAGUAAAGAAUGUAAGAAUUCCUACAUGUUUUAA